AUGCCAGGAUUAGCGCACAAGACAUCGGGGGUGGUGAGCCGCCCUCGGUCCAUGGACGGAGAUAACACGGUGAUUGAGGUAAAGGCCGUGCGGGAUGAACUCGGAAGAAUCAAGGACGAGAUUCUGAUUGUUGUGCCUCUUGCUGUUGAGGUAGACGAGGAUCCCUUGUACUAUUAUCCUCCCAAGAAGGCACCGGUAAAAGGCAAGCGAUUAUACGGCAGCAACGACGACGAUGUAGACGACACAGAAUCCGAGUCUGACUCGGAUGAAGAGCUAGACAACUUUGACCCCGAAAGCAUGGUAGUAGUCAACCACCAUGGGCGAACAUCCGUGCAACCAUCAAGGGUGGAUCCAGAGCUGGAACACAGCUUUCUGGAAGAGCUCAUGACCACACUUGACAAUAUCUUUGGUUGCUCUUAUGGCGGUUGUACCGAGAACUUGGACUCACCCGUUCUCAAAUCGGCUCUGAGGCGAAAGGGAGACGAUGUCCCUCCUAUCGACCGCAACGUGAGCUUUACCAACCUGGAAAUCAGAGAAUUCAAUAUGACCCUGGGAAACCACCCAUCCGCAGUAACGGGGCCACCAGUGAUGCUGGAUUGGGAUGCUCGACCGACAAGAGAAGCAAUUGUGGAUUUGGAUUUGUACGAAAAGGCUCGCCGACCGAGACGAACCCGAAGAGAGUUGAAACUCAGUUUUGAGGCAAGGAGAGGUAUCCUAGAGAAUGAGAGAGGCUUCACGGUGGAAGAAGUAAAGAAAGCAUGGUCAGAAGCCCUCAAGAUCCGGAAACAACGACAGGAAACCCGGCUGCGUGGUCCCCACCAACAAAUGAUGGACGAAAUUUAUGAAUCCGCUUGCCGAAAAUACAAUCGCAUGUUUGGGUGCCAAUGA